ACAGCAAAGCAGGAACCGUGAGGAGAGAUCUCCAAAAGAUGUGCGGGCAGGUGGGAUGGGCCAUGCCGUGUCCCCAUGUCCAUGUCCUCCUGCUGCUGGUGUUUGGUACUGCUGUGAGCACCCAGGGCAUCUGCAGUUCCACAGCUGAUGGUACUCUCCAGGCUCCAGCCCUGCUCCUUAACGCUUCCAGAGCUCAGGAAGGGGAAGUUGUCCUGGCUCAGUGUGUCCUUCUGAAGCGGGUUCCUGCUGCCCGAAUUGUCUUCUGCAAGGAUGGGAUGGAGGUUCACAACAUGAAAGCCCAUCAGGAUACGGUCACCUACUCCAUGCUGCUGAACAUCUCUGCAAGAAGCAGUGGGACAUACACGUGUAGGUACCAGCAGAGGAACAAGAGCAAUUGGCUAAGGAGAUCUCCCCUCAGCACUCCCUUGGAUCUACAUGUCACAGGUGGGACAUGACACCAGGGUGGUGAGGACAUAGGGGAUGGGGGGUAAUUAACACCACAUGGAUA